GAAAGUUAAGACACAUCGAGCGACCACGUCAACAGCGGAGAGAAAAUGGCUGCAGAGACGAGCACCACUGCGCAGGAAUGAGAAGACGGUCACAAAGUUUCGGGAAGACUUAAAUUAGAACAAAGAAAACUAGUGGUUCACUGACAUCGUCUUUCAUUUCGCCUCCUAAUAUUUGAAAGAUAUUACCUGUAGCCCUGAGCCGCAAAUUCAUUCAGUGGUUAUAUUUAAAGUAAGAUUUGCGUGUUCUCUAGUUUUGUUUAACUUUCAUUUAAAUAAUAUUUCUGAUCAGCGCUCUCGUGGGGAUUUGUUUUUCGCGAGGUGAUGUUUUUUUAACGGUUAGGGGGGGGGAGAGAAAACCAAAGUUUCUGGAUUUGUUUUAAAGAUAUGCUUCGAAGAAUGGCGACACUGGACCUGAUGAUUUUAUUUGCGCUCUGGCUGUGCGUUCAAGGUGGGGCGCCACAGGGAGAUUUAAGUCCGGAGGCAUGGCUCCAACAGUAUGGGUACCUUCCUCCAGGUGAUCUCCAUAAACAAGUAUCCCGUUCACCUCAGUCCAUUUCUUCUGCUAUUACUGCAAUGCAAAGAUUCUAUGGCCUAACUGUCACUGGAAACCUGGACUCUAACACACUGGAGGCAAUGAGGAGGCCUCGCUGUGGUGUUCCAGAUAAAUUUGGAGCAGAGCUUAAGAGCAACUUGAGAAAGAAAAGAUAUGCUAUCCAGAGACUGACAUGGAAAAAGAAGGAGAUCACAUUCUGCAUACAGAACUACACGCCUAAGAUUGGGGAGUAUGAGACCUAUGAGGCGAUCAGAAAAGCUUUCAAAGUGUGGGAGAGUGUCACCCCUUUACGAUUUGAAGAGAUCCCUUACAGUUACAUUAGGCACAAGACUACUGACUUUGCGGACAUUAUGAUCCUCUUUGCUGAGGGUUUUCAUGAUGAUGCCAGUCCAUUUGAUGGUGAGGGUGGGUUCUUAGCACAUGCCUACUUUCCUGGAAAUGGCAUAGGAGGAGACACACACUUUGAUGCUGCAGAGCCCUGGACAAUUGGAAACCGAGACUUGUGGGGUAAUGAUGUUUUCCUUGUGGCUGUACAUGAGCUGGGUCAUGCACUGGGUAUGGAGCACUCAAAUGACCCCUCUGCCAUUAUGGCACCUUUCUACCAAUGGAUGGACACAGAAAACUUUGAGCUUCCAGAGGAUGAUCGUCGUGGCAUUCAUCAGCUUUAUGGACCCAACCCUAGUGGCAAUCCACAACCUUCUGUUAGCCCCCACACCCCUUACAAUGUCCCUCAUCCCACUGACACUCCACGCAAGCCAGGAGUACCUCGCUUUGGCCCUGAUAUCUGUGAAGGUCACUUUGACACCAUUGCUAUUCUGAGAGGAGAAAUGUUUAUCUUCAAGAAUAAAUGGUUGUGGCGUGUUCAUAAUCACCGGGUUAUGGAAAAUUAUCCACUGCCAAUUGGACAUGUCUGGAGAGGUCUACCUACAUCAAUUGAUGCUGCCUAUGAAAGAGAGGAUGGCAAAUUUGUCUUUUUCAAAGGUGACCGACAUUGGGUAUUCAGUGAAGCAAAUUUGGAGCCAGGAUACCCAAAGACACUGAGAGCUAUGGGCCGCGGCCUCCCUCGGGACAAAAUUGAUGCUGCCCUUUUUUAUACACCUACAGGAAACACCUACUUCUUUAGAGGAAAUAAAUAUUAUCGAUAUAAUGAACAGUUACAAUCAGUGGACCUGGACUACCCUAAACCCAGUAGCAGGUGGCAGGGUGUCCCUGAUGACAUCAAAGCAGCUUUCAUGAGCCGAGACCAAAGUUUCACAUAUUUCUACAAAGCGAAUAAAUACUGGAAGUUCAACAACCAGCUGAUGAAAGUGGAGCCUGGUUAUCCCAAGUUUGCCUUAAGUGAUUGGAUCGACUGUCCAGAUGAGGAAACUACGACAGGCGGAGGUCGAGCAGGUGGUGGUAGUGAUGGCAGUAACCAUGACAAAGAGAAUAAUGAAGAUGAGGAAGAACUGGAGAAGACAGAAGUGAUUGUUAUUGAGGUGGAUAACACUUCAGGUGAUGGAAGUGGUGUGGCAGCAGUAGUGGUGCCGCUUAUGCUGCUGGUGUGUUUAAUUUGCACUCUGGGAGCCUUGCUCUUUUUCCGCAAGUAUGGCACUCCACGUCAUGUACUCUACUGUCAGCGUUCCCUACUAGACAAGGUGUAGAGAGGUGAAGAGGAGAGGAGGAUGAAGAUAAAGGUACAGGAAGUACCAUAAAUAUUAUAUUAUUUCCAUGCUUUUAAGUUGUUGACCUUAGUUUUGCAAAAUAUGAUUAAAAGGGAUUGGAAUAUUUUAUGCAUACAAGCACCUUCCCUCUUAAAACCUUAUGUAGACCUGUUGUAGAGUGUAAGUAUGGCCAACUGGAGAACACAGAGCAGUACAUGGUCAUUAAAACAUAGUCCAAGUUGCCCUGAAUUACAGCACAGAAAGUUAUUAUUAAGAGUGAAGCAGUGAUGCGAAUGUACAGGAUGCUUCCGCACAUGAGUUCACUUCAGUUUGGCAACCACAGAGCACAUGUAAAAAAGAAAAGUGAUUAAUUGAGACUGACCAUUUCUAUAAGAGGACACAUCCCAAUUGUCCCGGCGUCAGUGCAUGCGGUAACAUAAUAGCAAAAUAGAAAUAAUAAUAAUAAUAAUAAAGGGUUGUGCUCAGAGGUGUGCAUUAAGACUGGGAUUAUGCGCAACCCAACGAAAAAGUUACAGUAGCAGUCAGGUAUUGAUACUGCAGGACGAAAUGACGUAAAAAUGUUAUGCGAACGCAAGGUUUUUACUUUGUUGAAGAAUUCUAAAGAUAUCCGUCUUACAAACUCAAGGGGAUUGUUGCCAGGUUUCAGCAAAUACACCCAGCCUCAUAAACCUUUUUGGACUCUCUGACAUUUUCUGCUAAUCAAAAUCAAAAAUUUAAAAACUUUUCAAAAUUUUCGAUCCAUGACCACAUUGUUUGCUAUUCUGUUAAUUUUGCAUUUAUUACAAAUAUAUUUUUUACAUGUGUUUUUAAAUGUUCUUUUAAUGCUUAUUAUUUUUUGAUCUGUGACCGGAAUUCUUUUGAUGGAAAAUUAAUCUCAUACACUGUGCCAUUUUAGGCCAAUUUAUACACAGCCUUACUGAGUGGCAAAUUAAAAUAGUUUUUUUUUUUCUGUACAAACAAAAGAAAUAUGUUUUUCUGAGCUGCUGCUCAAUAAAUCCCAUGCAGCUCAUGCUGUGCACAGGGCAGAAUAUAUCUGCUGGCCCUUUAAAAAAUAAUGAUUUAAUUUAUUUAAAAUAAAGAAAUAAAAUAACUAAAUAACCAACUAAAAAUUGUACAUUCAUUGUAUGUGUUUUUAAAUGAUAGUUCUCAUCAUUAGGAAAAAGACAAUCUAUCUAAUUUUGACUGGCAGCAUCAUUCCAGUGUGUGUCCCAACUUUAUAGAUGAUAGAUAUCCAUUGACAAUAUAUGAGUGGACAACAUGGCACUAUUCUCUCCCAUUGUGCAUUUUGAAGCCAUUUUUGGGUCAAAACAGGAGUCAUCCUCUUACAAAAAUUGGUGCCAGAGUCUGCACAGUAGAAACCUAGGACCCAGAGCAUGCGCAGAAGAUAUGGUCAGACAGGCAUACACAUAUGUGCCCGUCCAUAAUAAGUUACCCAAAGUACAAAUUAAAAAGGCGCAUUAGCUAACCCAAAGUGUCAAGUACCGCAUUAAUGAAUAUGUCAAAUGCUAAACUGUAGUUGUAUAAUUUUCACAGGUAUAUAUCGAUUCUACCAUGGAAAAUAUUUUAGAGCUUUGAUUCAUGACUGACUGCAUUUGCUGGCUAGCUAACACAUUAUCCAUCAUCCAUCACCAUCAAAGUAAUAUAAGUAGUGACUGUAAGGUAGCAACUGAAAAUAAUGUGGAAAUAACCAGAAAUCAACAUUUACACUCAACACAAUAUAUUUUUUAAGAAAAAAUCGAUACACUCCAUGAUUUUCAUCUAGCUCUAGCAUUGGAUUGCAAUCAAAUUUACUGUACCAGGACAGCUAGAAGGACCUUGUGAUAUGAAAAUUUCAUAAGAAAUUUGUUGUUUAUAAGUCUAGCUAGCUACCUGCCUUCUUUAGCUAGCAGCUUAGCUGCAUUUUGGCAUGAAAUGGCAGACACUGAUGUUGAGCUGACUUUAGAAAAAGUCUUUUGAUGACGAGGAGACACGGAAAAUGUAACAAAAGACAGACCAAUGUCCAAAAUUUUUAUUCAAAAGUCAGGGAGCAAAAAGGUGAUUAUUUUUUUUGUCUUGGUACAGCAUUGUGCAAGCAGAAACUACUACUACUACUACACACACACACACACACACACACACACACACACACACACACACACACACACACACACACGCAGACUUGCACCCAACUAAAAACUGCACAUUGCAUAAUACUUUAGUAUUGCGGUUUCUGUGUGGAAAUUUGUUUACAAGUAUUUUCAAACCAAUAUUAUUUCCUAACAUAGAAAAAUAAGACAAAGACAUAAGACAAAAAUUGUGAUUGUUAUGAUUAACAUUUUAUGAUUGCUGAUAAUGAGUUUCAUCAUAGAUGUAUUUUCAUGAGACAUGUUAAUUGUGAUGUAAUGUUUUUAUCAGAUACAAAAGAUUGUUUACUGCAUAAAUAAAACCACUAAAAUUUAAGAAGUUACUGUAUGUUCUAAUAAAUGGGCUGCAAUUUGUUUAUUUGAUAAUCUUUUUUUUUCAUUUGUUUUACUUUUCUACCCUUGUAAAAACAAAAGGGGGGGGGGGUCUCUGACUUUUUUUUUUUCCAGUUUUCUCCUGGUGAAUUCAUUGAUGCCAACUACUCCUCUUUUACUUUUUUAUGCCUUAAUGCAGUUGUGGUUAUUUGUCUUGCUAUAAAUUCUAACUGUUAUGUCUAACUGUAAAUGUGGAAUGUUGAGAUGAUUACUGUUUAUCAGAUGGCCUUUUACAUCACCUGAUAAUUGAUUUCAUUUUCUCAUAUGUCAUGAUUUUAAAAUUGGUAAAAAUUGCUGACAAAUAGAGCUUAUUCUCUCACACA